AUGUUUGUGUAUGACGGUGUUGAUUGUCGCCCUGUGUAUUACAGAGAGCUACUGGAAGAACGUGUUUUUGAGCCCUGUAAUGUUGGAGAAGAACCUCAGUUCCUAUUUUGGAACCUUCCCAUUGCCGAUUUGGGACCUUGCUUCAAUGGCAGACACUAUGUCCUGGGAUUUGACUAUAACAACAGAGCCUUAUUUGCCCGCCAUUUUGAGUGGAUGCCCAACAAGACCGAUGAUCUUUGGUGUGUGUGGGACCUUGGGUUCACCAUGUACAGUAUCACCAUACCGGAUCUCAUCAUUCUUCUAGAGUCUAGUCUUUCUGAGGAAGUGCAUGUUGGCAUGGGAAUCCUCAGCUCAAGCCCUUAUUGCAUGGCAAUGGGGUCAUGUGAUGAUCCAGGGAUGGAAAUCGUCAUUACCAUUCUCUUCUGCCGGUGGGUGCUGGACUUCGCGGAGGCUAUCUUCGAGCAGAACGGAUAUAUCAUGGAAAGAUUCAAAGGGAGGCUCGCUCGCUACAUGGAAGAGAGUCGAAUUAUCCUGGCACGGGCCUCGUACAGGGCAUGGCUUGUUUCACGGGGCGGCUAUACGAAGGCAACUUCCCAGCGGAACUCAUCUAUUGGCAAGUUCACUAGCGACCUUUUCACGUUUAGCAAGUCCGUUGAAGAUGGCAGCUUGAAAACUCAGUCUUGGCGUGCACCAGGCUUGGACACUUGCAACAUGCUCCGUCAUCAGGACCGGGUUCAGAGAAAGGCAGAGACGGAGCAACGACUAGAAAGUCUCUUCACCAUUUCGGAAGUCGAUACACCUCCCGAAUCCCCGGGGGAGAUUCUGGGGGGGAUGAUAGCCAGAUCAAAAGAGAGUCUAGCUGCAUUUUGCCCUGAUAGAACUCCCAGAAUUUCACCCCGAUCUAAGUAUGGAUCGGUUCCUUUACACCGCCGGGGUUCGAUGUCUCCCGAAACUGUCAAACAGAUUUUUGACCUAAUCGAUACCCGACCGGAAUUGGAUUGCCCCGAAAAUCGUGCUCAUUUUGAAGAGUUGCGGACUAUACUCGCAACGGAUGUCCAACAAAAGACCGUAAAUGACUCGGUCACUCCAAAAUUGGGUCAUGAGAAUGACAGUUGGAAAGUAGAAGUACACUCAAUGUUGGAGCCAAAAGCGCUGGUGAACCAUUAUCGUCUCCAUUCCAGCUUGGUACUCGACUAA